UGCACCUCUGUUUCCCCAAUCAGGAGUCGCCAGGAUGCCCAUUCUGGAGAAAACCCCCCCUAAGAUGGCAGCAAGAAGUCCCAGCAGCGAGGAGGUGCCUGGGCUGCCCAAACUCCCAGUGCCCCCCCUGCAGCAGACCCUGGCCACUUACCUGCGGUGCAUGCAACACCUGGUACCUGAGGAGCAAUUCAGAAGGAGCCAGGACAUCGUGCGGCAGUUUGGGGCCCCUGGUGGCCUCGGUGAGACCUUGCAGCAGAAGCUCUUGGAGCGGCAGGAGAAGACGGCCAACUGGGUAUCAGAGUACUGGCUGAAUGACAUGUACCUUAAUAACCGCCUGGCCCUGCCUGUCAACUCCAGCCCGGCUGUGAUCUUUGCCCGGCAGCACUUCCAAGACACCAAUGACCAGCUAAGGUUUGCAGCCAAUCUCAUCUCCGGUGUGCUCAGCUACAAGGCCCUUCUGGACAGCCACUCCAUCCCCACUGACUGCGCCAAGGGCCAGCUGUCCGGGCAGCCGCUCUGCAUGAAGCAAUAUUACGGGCUUUUCUCCUCCUACCGGCUCCCUGGCCACACCCAGGACACGCUGGUGACCCAGAGGAGCAGUGUCAUGCCCGAGCCAGAGCACGUCAUCGUGGCCUGCCGCAACCAGUUCUUUGUCUUGGAUGUUGUCAUUAAUUUCCGCCGUCUCAGUGAGGGGGAUCUGUUCACUCAGUUGAGAAAGAUAGUCAAAAUGGCUUCCAACGAGGAUGAACGCUUGCCUCCAAUCGGCCUACUGACGUCAGACGGGAGGAGCGAGUGGGCUGAGGCCAGGACAGUCCUCUUGAAAGACUCCACCAACCGGGACUCUCUGGAUAUGAUCGAGCGCUGCAUCUGUCUGGUGUGCCUGGACGCCCCGGGAGGCUUGGAGCCCAGCGACGCCAACAGGGCGCUCCAGCUCCUCCAUGGCGGAGGCUGCAGCAAGAAUGGGGCCAACCGCUGGUAUGACAAGUCCCUGCAGUUUGUGGUGGGCCGAGACGGCACCUGCGGCGUGGUGUGUGAACACUCCCCUUUUGACGGCAUCGUCCUGGUGCAGUGCACGGAGCAUCUGCUCAAACACAUGGUGAAAAGCAGCAAGAAGAUGGUCCGAGCUGACUCCGUCAGUGAGCUCCCAGCGCCCCGGAGGCUGAGGUGGAAAUGCUCCCCGGAAAUUCAAGGCCUCUUAGCCUCCUCGGCAGAAAAACUUCAACAAAUCGUCAAGAAUCUCGACUUCACUGUUUAUAAGUUUGAUGACUAUGGCAAAACAUUCAUUAAGAAGCAGAAAUGCAGCCCCGAUGCCUUUAUUCAGGUGGCCCUCCAGCUGGCCUUCUACAGGCUCCACCGGAGACUGGUGUCCACCUACGAGAGCGCAUCCAUCCGUCGGUUCCACGAGGGACGGGUGGACAACAUUCGAUCGGCGACCCCGGAGGCGCUGCGCUUUGUGAAAGCCAUUGCUGAGCCCACAGCCAAUGUGCCGGAUUCAGAGAAGCUGGCACUCCUGAAGGAUGCCAUCCGAGCCCAGACCGAGUAUACAGUCAUGGCCAUAACAGGGAUGGCCAUCGACAACCACCUGCUGGGGCUGCGGGAGCUGGCCCGGGAAGUGUGCAAGGAGCCGCCUGAGAUAUUCACAGAUGAAACAUACCUGAUGAGCAACCGGUUUGUCCUCUCCACCAGCCAGGUGCCCACCACCAUGGAGAUGUUUUGCUGCUACGGACCUGUGGUACCCAAUGGGUAUGGCGCCUGCUACAACCCCCAGCCAGAGAGCAUCCUUUUCUGCAUCUCCAGCUUCCAUGGCUGCAAAGAGACCUCUUCAACCAAGUUUGCAAAAGCUGUGGAAGAAAGCCUCGUUGAAAUGAGAGGCCUCUGCAGUCUGCCACAAUCUGCCACGGAGAAGCCACUGGCGACCAAGGAAAAAGUCAUGAGGCCCAGCCAAGGGCAUCAACCUUGACUGCUGCCACUAGGUUUCACCUCCCCAAACCCAACAUUCUGCAGCUGUCCAAUCCGACCGAAGCCCUGCUCCCAACCCUCACCCCAGUUUUCCGUAGCUCCCCUGUAACUCCAGGCCUAACACGCAGACCACACUGAGGCAACAUGCAAAGCUGGAGUUUUAGGAGGAAAGUAUCCCUCGUUAUGCAUGGGAAUUAUCAUUAUUAAUCAAGCUGCCCUCUGACCUCUGCCCUGGGAAAUAAGACCAGCCUGGCUCAGGGGUGGCCAGGGUGAGGUGCAGGAAGUCAGCCCCGAUUUCCCUCCACGGCCACAGAACCUUAAUGUUAGUGUUUGCUUCCUAGCAGGAACUGGCAUGUCCAGGUGAUGCUUUUGCCCAAUGAAAGAAUGAGUCACCUUAUUAUGUGCAAUGUACCCAAAUGAACCAUGAAAGGUGAGGCUAACUCCAGGUCAUUACCUAGUAUCUUUUGGGGAGGAGUUUUCAGAGUUGAAGCAGCCUGAUCAUGGC